AUGACUUCGCCAGCGUCUCACUCGACCACCCCACCGAGCCACAGCGAAAAGGACGAGCUGCCCGCGCCACUCUCGUCGUCGACAGUCCCUCGCUCGCUCGCCUCGACAGACUCGUCACUCGCCCACGCCGCCCACAAGCUGGAGGACUACCACGCCCCUCUUCCUCCGCUCGACAUGACUCUCGCAGUCGCGGCAGAGUACGACGCAGACACCUCGGACACCGACUCGCACGCCGCUGCAGACCGCACCCUCACGGCCAAGUCGCAUGUCGCGCCAGGAUCGACCACCAGGUCCGACUCGCCUUCGCCCCUCUUCUGGAGCGAGAGCGGGUGGAACGCGGGCAGCUUCACCUUUGCGCCGUUCGCGGGGGACGAGGGCGUGUCGACGACGCCUGCCGCCACCACCUCGACAGCUGCGUCCGCUCGCGACCACGACAAGCAGCGCGCCUUCACCGCCUCGUCCCCGCCGUCCCAGCCGUCCCAAGCGUCGACGAGCACUCCACCCGCCACCGAGGGAACCGUCAAGGCCCGCUCGAAACUCGCGCCGACUGCGCAGCCGUUCGCACCCAAGUCGCCCGCUCAGCCGCAGCGCACCCACCGUUUGCCCUCGCUCGACCUCUCGACGACGCUCGAGCACUUCUCGUUCCCGGCCAAGGGCACCUACGCGACGACGACCACCAGCCCGACGACUUCCUCCUCCCUCGAACCAUGCACGCCGCCCAACAGCUCGCAGUUCGACGCAGAAGGCCAUCUCGUCUCGCAAGGCGCCAAGUACUCGAUCGCAGACGAGAUCCUCCAGCUCCAGUCGGCGCCGCUCGGUCCUGUCCACCCCGACGAACUCGAGACGCUCGACAGCUUGUUCGAAGACGACUUGCCCUCGCCCGCCGUGCCCUUCCCGACCUCGAUGGCGUCCCGCCUCCGCACGGUCAGCGAACAGUCGGCGUUCAACCGCGGCAUCGAGGCGUGGCGUCUGCAGCAGCCGCCCACUCGCUUCCUGCCGCAGCAGCCGGCGCUCUCGUCGCCCUCGCUCGCUAGUACAUUCGAGCGCUCGCGCAGCUCGAGCAUCGCCUCGACCACGAGCUCGUACUUCCCCGCCGCCGCCAGGCCGUCGUUCGACCGCGCCAACACGGCCGCCCAGCUCCAGUCUUACUUUGGCCCGUCGACGACCGAAGUCAACGUCCCGUUCCCCGUCGAGCCGUACCCCCCUCCUGCGCCUUACCUCUCUCGCACGCCUUCGUACGCCAGUCUCGCCGGAGUCGGACCAGGACCAGGACCGUUCGCGAGCCCGCUCGCCGCGCACCCGGAACCGUUCAACCUCCUCCCCGACGACCCUCUCUACCUCGAAGCGCGCGAAACCUUCAUCAACGCCUCGUGCUCGUCGCUCUCCGGCCCGCCAACGCCGCUGCACAGGCAAACGAUGGGCGCGCACUUUGACAAGGCGAUGCACACGCUCAACCCGCUCGCGACGCUCUACGGCCUCUCGCAGGAAGCGGCGAACCAGCUCCUCGCUGAUCCAGCCAAGAGCGGCGUCAGCGACGUCGUCCUCCGCGUCGCGGUCAUGCGUGGGAGGCAGCAGCAGCUGGCGAGCGUGCAGAGGAGCGCGAUGGGUCAGGCUUUGCCCGGACCGAGCCCGAACAACCGCAAGAUCAGCCUGUACAAGACCGAGUUGUGCAGGAGCUGGGAGGAGAAGGGCAAUUGCCGCUACGGCGUCAAGUGCCAGUUUGCGCAUGGCAUUCAGGAGCUUCGCGAGGUUGCUCGUCACCCCAAGUUCAAGUCCGAGAUCUGCCGCACCUUCUGGCAGCAAGGGUCGUGCCCGUACGGCAAGCGGUGCUGCUUCAUCCACGCCCUGCCCGAGUCCGACUCACCCGCCGGUUCGCCUCGCAAAGGCUCCGUCGCAGGCAGCCGCUCCGCAAGCCCGUCUCGCGGACAGGCUCGCAUGACCUCGACCGCCAUCACAGGCGCUCCGUCCCGCACGUUCGGACCGGCCCUUUCCGAGCUCAUCGGCUCAACGUCGAGCUCGUCGUCGUCCGUCAACGGUGGCUCGCCUAAGCACUCGAUGAAGCUCGAGCUUGGCGCCGCUGCGCCCGCUGCCUCGCCCGCAUCCACCUCGACCGCCCAUUUCGAGUCGUCGACGCUCUUCGGCCUCGGUAUCCGCGAGCGUCCUGGCCAAGCUCCGCCCGUCUUCAAGGACGCCCCGCAGAGCCGCCUCCAGCGCCUCGCCAGCCUCAGCGGCGGACCUUCCUCGUCCUCGCUCGCCUCGCUCGCCGCCUCGUCGAGCCCGACCGUCCCAACCUCGAGCGCGUUCGGCGCCCCGCACACGCGCCACGACAGCACCCACUCGUUCAUGACGAGCUCGUCGACCUCGUCGUCCGCCGUCGCGUGCUCGCCGCUCCUCACCCGCUCAGGAUCGUCGUCGAGCCUCUCGUCCGGCGCUGGUUCGCCCGUCCUCCACCGCGUCGGACAUGACUGGCUCUCGUCGUCUUCGGCCGCCAAGAACGCCGCGCUCGACUGGCCCGCGAUCGAGGAACUCGCCCUCGACGACCCGACUCCCCUCCCUCCUUCCUCGACCUCUGCCCUCGCCGGCCGUUUCUAUUGA